GAAAUGCAAGAAAACAGAAGGAAUGUGACAGAAUUCAUUCUGAUGGGGCUGACACAGAAUUCUGAGAUGCAAAAAAUUCUGUUCUUCCUGUUGCUCAUCAUCUACCUUGUCACUGUCUCUGGAAACCUGCUCAUUGUCAUCACUAUAAUGUUCAGCCACACGCUGGACUCCCCGUUGUAUUUUUUCCUGGCUUUCUUAUCUCUGGUAGAGGCUUGCUAUUCCUCUUCCAUAAUCCCUAAAAUGCUAGUCGAUUUGCUUUCUGACACAAAAGCUGUCUCAUUCAGCGUUUGCAUGGUACGGCUCUUUGUGGAACAUUUCUUGGGAGGUUCGGAGAUCGUUCUCCUCGUGGUCAUGGCCUACGACCGCUACGUGGCCAUCUGCAGACCUCUGCGCUACGUGACCCUGAUGAACCACAGCAAGUGCUGCAUCCUGGUGGGGCUGUGCUGGUCGAUGGGGUUCCUCCACUCCUUCGGGCAGAUUCUAGUCACUUUCUGGCUCCCAUUCUGCGGCCCCAACAGGACAGAUCAUUUCAUGUGUGACAUCUUCCCCCUGAUACAGCUGGCCUGCACCGACCGCUUCCUUCUUGGGCUCUUGGUUGCUGUCAGUGGCGGGGGACUGGCUAUGAUCACUUUUGUCAUCUUGUUGCUGUCCUAUGUGUGCCUCCUGCGCUCUUUGAGGACUUACAGCUCUGAGGGGAGGAAAAAGGCCCUCUCUACUUGUGGCUCCCACAUCACGGUGGUCGUCUUGUUCUUUGUGCCUUGUAUUUUCAUGUAUAUGCGACCAGUAGCCACCUUUCGCAUGGAUAAAGCCGUGACUGCAUUCUAUACUCUUGUCACUCCCCUGUUAAAUCCUAUUAUUUACACAGUAAGGAACGCAGAAGUAAAAAACGCCAUUAGAAUGUUUAUGAACAGGAACACAAUUUUAGAUAGUAAAUAA